CCGCCGCCCGCCGCCCGCCGCCCGCGGAGCCCAGGCCGGCCGCAUGGCGCCCCGGGGCUUCUGCAGCGCCGACGGCUCCGAUCCGCUCUGGGAGUGGAACGUGACAUGGAACACCAGCAACCCCGACUUCACCAAGUGCUUUCAGAACACCGUCCUCGUGUGGGUGCCUUGUUCUUACCUCUGGCUCUGCUUCCCCUUCUACUUCCUCCAUCUUUCCCGCCAUGACCGCGGCUACAUUCAGAUGACGCAUCUCAACAAAGCCAAAACUGCCUUGGGAUUCUUGCUGUGGAUCGUCUGCUGGGCAGACCUUUUCUACUCUUUCUGGGAAAGAAGUUGGGGCAAGGUCCUGGCCCCGGUAUUACUGGUCAGCCCGACCCUCCUGGGCGUCACCAUGCUGCUUGCUACCUUUUUAAUUCAGCUCGAGAGAAGGAAGGGAGUCCAGUCCUCAGGGAUCAUGCUCACUUUCUGGCUUAUAGCCCUACUGUGUGCCCUUGCCAUCUUGAGAUCCAAAAUCAUGGCUGCCUUAAAAGAGGGUGCCGACGUGGACGUGUUUCGCGAUGUCACUUUCUACAUUUACUUUUCCCUCGUGCUGAUUCAGCUCGUGCUGUCCUGCUGCUCAGACCGCUCGCCCCUGUUCUCGGAAAUCAUCAACGACCCCAAUCCUUGCCCGGAAUCCGGCGCCUCCUUCCUUUCCAGGAUCACCUUCUGGUGGAUCACAGGGUUGAUGGUCCGGGGCUACCGCCAGCCCCUGGAGAGCACUGACCUGUGGUCCCUGAACAAGGAGGACACCUCAGAGCAAGUGGUGCCCGUUUUGGUCAAGAAUUGGAAGAAGGAAUGUGCCAAGGCCAGGAGGCGGCCGGUGAAGAUCGUGUACUCCUCCAAGGAUCCCGCCAAGCCGAAAGGGGGCUCCAAGGUGGAUGUGAAUGAGGAGGCCGAGGCCUUGAUUGUCAAGUCCCCCCAGAAGGAGCGGAACCCGUCGCUGUUUAAGGUGCUCUACAAGACCUUCGGGCCCUACUUCCUCAUGAGCUUCUUAUUCAAGGCCCUCCACGACCUGUUGUUGUUUGCUGGCCCGGAGAUCCUGAAGUUGCUCAUCAACUUCGUGAAUGACAAGAAGGCCCCGGACUGGCAGGGCUACUUCUUCACGGCGCUCCUGUUCCUCAGCUCCUGCCUGCAGACCCUGGUGCUCCACCAGUACUUCCACAUCUGCUUCGUCAGCGGCAUGCGGGUCAAGACGGCCGUCGUCGGGGCCGUCUAUCGGAAGGCCCUGGUGAUCACCAAUUCAGCCAGGAGAUCCUCCACCGUCGGGGAGAUCGUCAACCUCAUGUCUGUGGACGCACAGAGGUUCAUGGACCUGGCCACGUACCUUAACAUGGUCUGGUCGGCCCCUCUGCAAGUCAUCCUUGCUCUCUACUUCCUGUGGCUGAACCUGGGCCCUUCUGUCCUGGCCGGGGUGGCCGUGAUGAUCCUCAUGGUUCCCAUCAAUGCUGUGAUGGCAAUGAAGACCAAGACCUACCAGGUGGCCCACAUGAAGAGCAAGGAUAAUCGGAUUAAGCUGAUGAAUGAAAUCCUCAACGGGAUCAAAGUGCUGAAGCUGUAUGCCUGGGAGCUGGCCUUCACAGACAAGGUGCUGGCCGUCAGGCAGGAGGAGCUGAGAGUGCUGAAGAAGUCCGCCUACCUGGCGGCCGUGGGGACCUUCACCUGGGUCUGCACGCCUUUCCUGGUGGCCCUGUCCACGUUCGCCGUCUAUGUGACCGUCGAUGAGAACAACGUCCUGGAUGCCCAGAAAGCCUUCGUGUCGUUGGCCCUGUUCAACAUUCUCCGCUUCCCCCUGAACAUCCUGCCCAUGGUCAUCAGCAGCAUCGUGCAGGCGAGUGUCUCCCUCAAGCGCCUCAGGAUCUUUCUGUCCCACGAGGAGCUGGACCCCGACAGCAUCGAGCGGCGGCCUGUCAAAGACGGUGGCAGCACGAACAGCAUCACCGUGAAGAACGCCACGUUCACGUGGGCCAGGGGCGCGCCUCCCACGCUGAAUGGCAUCACCUUCUCCGUUCCGGAAGGUUCCUUGGUGGCCGUGGUGGGCCAGGUGGGCUGCGGAAAGUCGUCUCUGCUCUCAGCGCUCCUGGCCGAGAUGGACAAGGUGGAGGGGCACGUGGCUGUCAAGGGCUCAGUGGCCUACGUCCCCCAGCAGGCGUGGAUUCAGAACAAUUCUCUCCGAGAAAACGUCCUCUUCGGACGUCCGCUGCAGGAACGGUAUUAUAAGGCUGUGGUAGAAGCCUGUGCCCUCCCCCCAGAUCUGGAAAUCCUGCCCAGCGGGGACCUGACAGAGAUUGGUGAGAAGGGCGUGAACCUGUCCGGGGGCCAGAAGCAGCGUGUGAGCCUGGCGCGGGCCGUGUACUGCGACUCCGACAUCUACCUCCUGGACGACCCCCUCUCGGCGGUGGACGCCCACGUGGGCAGACACAUCUUUGAGAAUGUGAUUGGCCCCAAGGGGCUGCUGAAGAACAAGACGCGGCUCCUGGUCACGCACGGGAUCAGCUACCUGCCGCAGGUGGACGUCAUCAUCGUCAUGAGUGGUGGCAAGAUCUCCGAGAUGGGCUCCUACCAGGAGCUGCUGGCCCGGGACGGGGCCUUCGCCGAGUUCCUGCGCACGUACGCCAGCGCCGAGCAGGAGCAGGCCGAGCAGGAGGACGGGUUAGCAGGUGUUGGCGGUCCGGGGAAGGAGGUGAAGCAGAUGGAGAACGGCGUGCUGAUGAUGGACGCCACGGGGAGGCAGAUGCAGAGACAGCUUAGCAGCUCCUCCUCCUACAGCGGGGACGUCAGCCGGCCCCGCAGCAGCACCGCCGAGCUGCAGAAGGCCGGAGCCAGGAAGGAAGACGCCUGGAGGCUGGUGGAGGCGGACAAGGCUCAGACGGGGCAGGUCAAGCUGUCCGUGUACUGGGACUACAUGAAGGCCAUUGGACUUGUCCUCUCCUUUCUGAGCAUCUUCCUGUUCGUGUGUAACCACGUCGCCUCCCUGGUCUCCAACUACUGGCUCAGUCUCUGGACUGAUGACCCCAUCGUCAACGGGACCCAGGAGCACACCCAGGUCCGGCUGGGCGUCUAUGGAGCCCUGGGCAUUUUGCAAGGUGUCUCGGUGUUCGGCUACUCCAUGGCGGUGUCCAUCGGGGGGAUCCUGGCCUCCCGCCGCCUGCACUUGGAUCUGCUGCAUAACGUCCUGCGGUCGCCCAUGAGCUUCUUCGAGCGGACCCCCAGCGGGAACCUGGUGAACCGCUUCUCCAAGGAGCUGGACACGGUGGACUCGAUGAUCCCGCAGGUCAUCAAGAUGUUCAUGGGCUCCCUGUUCAACGUCGUCGGCGCCUGCGUCAUCAUCCUGGUGGCCACCCCCAUUGCCGCCGUCAUCAUCCCGCCCCUGGGCCUCAUCUAUUUCUUCGUCCAGAGGUUCUACGUGGCCUCGUCCCGGCAGCUGAAGCGCCUCGAAUCGGUCAGCCGCUCCCCGGUUUAUUCCCACUUCAACGAGACCUUGCUGGGGGUCAGCGUCAUCCGGGCCUUCGAGGAACAGGAGCGCUUCAUCCGCCAGAGCGAUCUGAAGGUGGACGAGAACCAGAAGGCCUAUUACCCCAGCAUUGUGGCCAACAGGUGGCUGGCUGUGAGGCUGGAGUACGUGGGCAACUGCAUCGUCCUGUUCGCCGCCCUGUUCGCUGUGAUCUCCCGGCACAGCCUCAGUGCCGGCCUGGUGGGCCUCUCGGUGUCCUACUCUCUGCAGGUCACCACCUACUUGAACUGGCUCGUUCGGAUGUCAUGCGAGAUGGAGACGAACAUUGUGGCCGUGGAGAGACUCAAGGAGUAUUCAGAAAUUGAGAAGGAGGCUCCCUGGCGCAUCCAGGAGAUGACUCCACCCAGCACCUGGCCCCAGGUGGGCCGAGUGGAAUUCCGGGACUACGGCCUGCGUUACCGGGAGGACCUGGACUUGGUUCUGAAGCACAUCAACGUCACCAUCAAUGGAGGGGAAAAGGUUGGCAUCGUGGGGCGGACGGGAGCCGGGAAGUCAUCGCUGACCCUGGGCUUGUUUCGCAUCAACGAGUCUGCCGAGGGAGAGAUCAUUAUCGACGACAUCAACAUCGCCAAGAUCGGCCUGCAUGAUCUGCGCUUCAAGAUCACCAUCAUCCCCCAGGACCCCGUUCUGUUUUCGGGUUCCCUCCGCAUGAACCUGGACCCAUUCAACAAGUACUCGGACGAAGAGGUCUGGACGUCCCUGGAGCUGGCUCACCUGAAGGACUUCGUGUCUGGCCUUCCCGAUAAACUGAACCACGAAUGUGCGGAGGGCGGGGAGAACCUGAGCGUCGGGCAGCGCCAGCUCGUGUGCCUGGCCCGGGCCCUGCUGAGGAAGACAAAGAUCCUUGUGUUGGAUGAGGCCACGGCGGCCGUGGACCUGGAAACUGACGACCUCAUUCAGUCCACCAUCCGGACGCAGUUUGACCACUGUACCGUCCUCACCAUUGCUCACCGGCUCAACACCAUCAUGGACUACACGAGGGUGAUUGUCCUGGACAAAGGUGAAAUCCGGGAGUGCGGCUCCCCCUCCGACCUCCUGCAGCAGAAAGGUCUCUUCUACAGCAUGGCCAAAGAUUCCGGCUUGGUGUGAGCCCCGGAGCUGGUGCAUCGGGUCAGAACUGCAGGGCCGACAGGCCGGCAUCCAGGGAUGAGUCAGCAUCCUUGGGAAACCAAACCUCCCGUAGAGUGAAACCAAAAACAACCCCCGAAAAACCAAAACGCACACAGAGCAGCCACCCUCUGGCCCCCUGCCUGGAAUUGGCCGUGAAGAAACAAGAGAGACAUGGAGAUGCAGCCCACCCAAAACAUGCACCCUCGCCUCUCUAACCCCCACCAGGCGCGCACACGUCCUCACAGCCCUGGGAACGCACGCUGUGCUCCUGGGGCUCUGGGAGGAGGUUUCGGCACCCAGGCUUCUGGAGAAAUUGGUUGCGUAAAAUGUGCUGGUGACCGAAUCCAGCCAGCUGCCUCAGGUCUCUCCAGCCGGCGUCUGUAGAUUCCAAGUCUCCAAGAAGCUCCCCGGCCCUGGCAGCUGUCCCUGCCCCCUGAGGUCCCCGUCUGGCUCUACCCAGAUGUUUCGUUUCCUGAGGGCUACAGUUCGGAGAUGAGGGGCCUGGUGAAGAUCUUUCUCACUCCCGGGCUGUGUCCCAAGGGCCACGGACGCUCCUCUCACCAACCAUCUGGUCUUCCAGGUGCUCAGAUGCUGGGGACCAACGUCCCAGCACUGCCUCCAGCGGGACCUGCUCCACAGGCCAGAGGCAGCCUCGUCUUCUUGUUGGCAGGCCCUGGCUGGACUCGCAGGUGAUCCGCGAGUCUACCUGGCGUCUCCUAAUGCCCACUUCCCAACUUGUUUGCUCACCCCCUCACCCACUCCAGUCUUCUUCUUGCUCUCCUUCCUGCCUCUUCUUACCCAUCGUGAGAAUGGGUUACUCCUCUAGGUACCUGAAAGAGGGGGUUAUGAUGGUUAUGAAGCUUUCGAUGCCGAGAGCACUGGGUACCUCCCAGGGUGACCAGCUGGUCCAGAAAGAGCCCCGCUGAGUCUUCUCCUCCUCGGUUUUAGAUUUCAGUUUCUCACCCUUGGCAUCGGGUUAGCUGUCAAGGGUGGGAGCCUGGAGAACUUGACGUUUCGUUACUGAGUCUCUUCCAGGACAAGAAAAGAACCUGUUCGUGAAUAUCGGUGAUUUCUUUUUCGUUGUUUAAAAAGUACUGCUCCAGGGAGAAAAACGGUCUCCAAGUUUAAUUUCAUGAGAGGAAGCGUUGGGCCGAGGAGCAGCGUUCCCAGAGAAUAGCCGAGUUGGCCAGAGUCUGACAGUCAGUCCGUGUGUUCCUGGAAGACGACAGAGACGUGGAGUCCUUCAAGGCCUGUCCGUUAGGUCUCUCGGUUGGAGAACAAAGUGAGACCCAAAAAGGAGAGGUCACUGCUGUCCCAAGAUUCGUACUUGCUGUGACUUACGUUGCUGACUUCAAACCCAGAGAAGCAUCUUUCUUCUUUUAGGUGGAAAUACAUAUUUAUUUUUUGUAAGUUAUACCAUUCUCUCAGAUUAGAUAAACCAAGUUUUUCUUGGGGAUCUUUUUGUAAAGACUUACACUGGAAACGUGAACAUUUGCAAAUAAUUUGCAGUAAAAAAAAAUAUAUUUUAUUUCUUUCUAAAAGGCUGUUCC